AUGGGUUAUUUCAAUUGCAUUGCUUUAGCAUGCUUGAUGGCUUUGUCGUUUUCAAGCAUUGAUGUUGGCCUAGCAGCUCGCCACCUUCAGCAGAUGCCACCAAUGCCAACAUUGCCUACAACCACACUCCCACCAUUGCCAUCUAUCCCUAAUCUCCCGCAGCCAACAAUGCCAAGGCCUGGGGCGCUUCCACCACUUCCUACCAUGCCUGCUUUGCCUACUUUUCCUGCUAUACCAACGGCCACACUGCCUCCUCUGCCAAGCAUGCCUUCAAUCCCAACAAUCCCAACUGCAAUUCCCUUAAUUCCAUUCCUUUCUCCACCACCUUCUCCUUCCUCUACUCCUUGA